AUGGCUACCGAAAAUGCCGGCAGCAUCGCAACCCCACUCAUCCACAGCUAUGGUACAUCCGAUCCUACCCGCACAGGUUUGUUCGCCGCCUUCGCCGCACUAGCCUGGUACAACGCCAUCGAACUUAUCAUCAUCUGCUUCUUCUCCUUCAAACGCUGGAACGGCACCUACUUCUGGAGCCUACUCGUCUCCUCCGUCUGCAUCGUGCCGUACGGUCUCGGGUUCGUCCUUCUCUUCUUCUCCACAGGCGUCACUCCCUGGUUAUGCGUGACCCUCGUCGUGCUGGGCUGGUGCGGUAUGGUCACCGGCCAGUCUGUCGUGCUGUGGUCGCGACUGCAUCUAGUGCUACAGAAUAGGAAGCUGCUGCGCGGUGUGUUGUGGAUGAUCUGUAUCGAUGCUGUACUAUUCCAUCUUCCGACAACGGUUUUGUUGUACGGGACUGUUGCUCAUCCCAGAAGUCGCUGGGCCCGCGGAUACGAUACCAUGGAGCGUGUCCAGGUGGUCGGCUUCUGUUUACAGGAAUUGACUAUCUCCAGCAUUUACGUCUGGGAAACGAUCAAACUCCUUCGUCUCAGGCCCGAGGGCCGCCCCCAGGGAAUUCUGAACCAGUUGCUGGUUAUCAAUAUCCUCAUUCUGAUAUUGGAUAUCGCGGUGGUAGUCAUCGAGUACGUCGGAUACUAUGCUGUGCAGGUCUUGUUCAAACCUGUCGCUUAUAGCGUCAAGUUGAAAUUUGAAUACGCCAUCCUCGGCAAAUUGAUCGCGGUUGUGCGCGGUGGCUUGGACAGUCAGGAGACGCACUCCAGUGCGCGGGAGAUAAAUGAGACUAGCUUGUUUCCGUCGGAUGGGGACUGGCCUCGGAAUAUGCACUCGCUGAUGCGGGAUCGUCGCCAGUACAGUCCGCCGUGGUUUUGGGAAGGGAGGAGGUCCGGUCAGUCUACAUCUGCAUCAUCUGGUGUUCUGCAAAAUUCAUGA